AAGACGAAGGGCUCUCACCCCUCCAUGCUUGCUGCCACCUUGGAGUAGAAGGAUGCUUGUCUUCAGAGGAAGAGCUCUCACCCUUUCACCUGCGCUCCUUCACGAUGGUAGAAGGGUUGGUGUCUCCACUAGACGAAGGUCUCUCACCCCUUCGUCCGUGCUCCCUCAAGAUGGUGGGAGGGUUGAGGUCUUCAGGAGAGGAAGGUCUCUAACUCCUUCGUUUGGACUUCUUCGAAGAAGAGUCCAUAUCUCCUGAAGACCGAGGUCUUGCAAAGAAUUUUAGUCCAAAAAUGGAUCUAAACUUUUUCUCAAUUAUUUCUCGUUUGUAUACUGCCGUUUUGAAACUGCAAGUACAAACACACACACACACAGCAAUUACUUCAGAAGAUGAAGAGGAAGGGCUCUCAGCCCUUUUUUGUUGCUGCUUCCUCGUGGUAGAAGGCUGGUCAUCUUCAGAAGAUGAAGACGAAGGGUCUUCACCUCUCCAUGCUUGCUGCCGCCUUGGAGUAGAAGGAUGCUUGUCUUCAGAGGAUGAAGAGGAAGGGCCCCUUCGUACUUGCUGCCUGGUGGUAGAGGGCUGGUUUUCUGCACAAGACAAAGGGCUCUCACCCCUUUGCCUGUGCUCCUUCAUGUUGGUAGAAGGGUUGGUGCCCACGAUGAACAAAGAGCUCACAUCCCUUCAUUCUUGUUGCCUGGUGGUAGAAGGCUGGUUGUCUUCAGAAGAUGAAGACGAAGGGCUCUCACCCCUCCAUACUGGCUGCCGCCGCCUUGGAGUAGAAGGCUGCUUGUCUUCAGAGGAUGAAGAGGAAGGGCUCUCACCCCUCCGUACUUGCUGCCUGGUACAAGGGAACACCAUGAUUAAAGUGUGGCGGCAGCUACAUGAAAAUCAUAAUGAGGAGUACCUUCAUCGUAAGGAUCUGUACACCACACUCUUCGUGACUGUAUCAGAAGCCGGAGGGAUUGUCUCUGUAUUUGGACACACAGUCCAGGCUCCACCUCCUCAGAGAGCGCUUCCAUCCCCGCUGCUCCUGCACCACCCCGUCCUGCUGGCAGAGGCCAACAAUGUGCAGGAUUACCGGAACCAGAUCCUCUCCACUUUUGGCACUGUGCUGAAAAUGGAUUCCACCAAGAAAGUGGUAACGAAGCUGUCUGGCGGGGGCAAAGGCUCAUCUGAGCGGUUCACCAGCAUCGUAAACGAGCAGUCCCAGAUAGUUUUGUUUGUGCUAACCUGUGAGGAGUCCACCGAGAAGCUGAAACCAAUGUGCCGUGGAGUCAUGGACAGGUUCCGGCUGGCCAGUCAAGCUGUGCCCAAAAACCUAUUUGUGGACCAUGGGUGUUGCCCUGCACAGGGACCAACAGGGACAGAGACUUUCUUCCAGCCUUGGGGGGACAGUGGUGUGGUUGUGCGUCGGGACAUCUUCCGCUGGAUGCACCGGUUUGACGCAGCAAAAGGCACACUGCAAGUACGCUGUGUUCAAGUCGACUCUAGCUGGGGCUGUGAUGGCCUACAACCGCACCGACCUGGAGCUGCUCAUCAAGGCCAUCAAAGCCAAGAACCCGGCAAUGCUGAACUCUGUCCCAGACAACAUUUCAAGGGGCCACCUUAAACACCACGUGCGUAGGGUCAGACCUCGCCAUCGAGAAGGUAAGAGGUCCCGCUGGGCUGGACAAGAGUGGAGUGAGCCUCUUCAAAACAACUGAUGAUGAGAUGUGGGCAAGCCAGCAGCGACACCUGGAGUGCAUCCAGGAUCCUCAAGGCAUGAUCAUGUACAGGCUGGCGCGUACCGCAGACAUCAACAAUGUGGACGUGCCCUUCUACAAAUGUCUGCGUGGAAGCAACAGCCUGGAAGGAUUCCACAAAACUCUUCCACACAUGAUUCCAGCACGGCCCUAUCAGGUUUACCUGAUAAGUGGCGUUGCACGGUGGAACUCGGACAGGAGCUCGGGUGCCGUGUUUGGAGGCAGAGGACGCCAUUGAUCGACCGCCUCAACACCCGCUGUCAGCAGCUAUUCAGAGAGACUGUGGAGCCCCUGCUGAUGUCCCUUCCAACGAGCUGCUGGGGCUAGAGUACCUGUUCGGCCAGAGCGCGGGUGAAUCUGGACCCUUUUCCCUUAAGGACAUUGUAAAUGAUGGACCUGGUCCAGAGGAGGAGGUGGUUCAGCCCGGGCAGCCCCAUCCAGAGUCCGAUGAGGCGUACCAGAGCGACGUGGAGGCACAUGAUGAUGCGCUGGAUGUCAUCAUGCCCCACAUAACGCUCACCAGCGACGAAACCUCCACUGUUCACCCUCCAGCCUUUGAGGAUGCCUGCAGUCCAAACCCUUUGCCCGGCUUUUCAAAGCUGGAACGGUUCUGCUCUGUGCUGGUGGAGAUUGGCCUGACGGAGGACAAGCUGUCACUAAGCUCAGAGCAGAGGAAGGACGUCCUGGACGCCUGGAGCAAAGUGGACGAGCAUGACAAACAGCCACAGCAGUUUAACCAGCUGUACAGAACCCACUGGGGCAACACCCUGUACUGCCCAACCAAAAGAGACGACCUUGUUGAUGCUGCUUUAGUACACCUAUGGACAUAUGGCAAUAGAAAUAUAAUAAGAACUUCCAUGAUCCUUAAUACUAUCAAUAAACAAACAAAUAUUAAUACAACCCUCAAAUGAAAACUAUAGUUGAAUCUAACUUCAUCAUCUUAUACUUUUAGUGGGGUGAGUGACACCACCCAUCACAAUACUUGAAAGAAGUUAAUGUGAUAUACAAAAAUGGCCUUUGUGCUCCCUGUACAUAGUCAUGCAUGACAUACAAACACAAUAACAUCAAAGGAUAAUGGCUUUAUUCUGGAUUCAUUGAGUAAGUGUGCUUAAUGAGUUGUAUAAUUGUUGAAUAUGUCAUAUUUGCAGUUGUUUGUACUGUUUAUUUCAACAUCAGUAGUCUAGUGCUCACAAAAUAGUUUGACCACUUGGGAGAGACCCUGAAUUCAUUGCCAUCUUCUGAUAUUUACAUAUUUGUCCACACACCUGCAAAAUGUCACCCAUUCACACUGAGGGAAUUUGUACUUUGGUACAGCUGACCCCCACUGGCAGUGCUGGAAUGUAACUAAGCGCAUUUCCCUAUAUAAAGAUAUAUACUUCAUCCAUCAUGGAAUUACAGUGUAUUUGUUGACCUUUUAACCCAGCUUCACGUCUUGUUUGUAGCUUGUAGCCAUAUAGCUCCAGCUUUCAGGCAAUAAGUUUGGUGUCUUUGUGACGUUAGCACUUCUAGAAGUUUAGUAAUCUGGCCUGGAAGACAGUGACUUUUUGGAGACUUUUCAAAGACUUUGCACGAGUAUAUCCAGACUUUUUGGGGUAUUUAGCUUAUGACAUACAAAUAUUUUCUGUUGACUUCUUUCAUUCUCAGUGUGUAAUCUAAAGGGAACUGUACUAAAUAAUGAAUGAAAACAGUCAAAGCUGUAAUAAGCUAACGCUUAACUUUUUCGGUCAGAAUAAACUUGCUUUGGUUUGUCA